AUGAGCUCGGCGGCGGCGGCGGCGGAAACCGACGCGGAGGUUCCGGACCUGGUGUGCGAGCUCGACAGCGUCCAGGGCAUAGUCGACUCUCUCACCUCCGUACGAUGGAAGCGCCUUCAGGACGCGGUUGUGGAAUUAUCCGAACACGGCAUAGUGAUAAUCGUCGAGGAAACCGGGUGUCUUCAAGCCAAGGUUUAUUUACAGCGUGAGCUAUUUGUUAAGUACGAUUAUAAGGCGCAGGGGCGGCCGAGAUUUGGGUUGAGCUUAGGACUGUUUGUUGAUUGUCUCAAUACAUUUUCAGUCCCGGGCCGGUCCAGCAUCCUCGAGAUCCGGUAUCCAGGGCCCGACAUGCAACUUCUGCUCCGGUCUGUUGAUUCACCAGAUGCCUGCAUUUAUGCGGAGAUCAGGACAAGGAUACCAGAAACUAUCUCAUGGGACUACAACUUUGAACCUGCGGGGAGCACUCCUCUGAGUUUCACGGUUAAGUCUGCAGCCUUAAAGGAAGCUAUUGAUGAUCUCGAAUGGCCUGGGUCUAGCAUUCAGAUAAAGCUACAACCUUCACCCCCAGCCGUCAUCUUCAGAGGCGAAGGCCAUGGCGAUUUGCAGAUCGAGUUAAAUUACUAUGCCAAUACAGACCUUUUGAUUGCGUUCAGUUGCGAUCGGCUGACUUCUCACAGGUACAAGUACAAGUUUUUACAGGCGACGACUUCAAACAUACCGGGCAGUGUGAUCAAAGAUAAUAGAGGGAGCAAACUGAGUAUAGGCCGAGGUGGAAUGCUCAAAGUUCAGCAUCUUGUUUCGGUUGCUCGGCCGAGUUCUAACAGUCACAGUAAUAAUGCUCAUCACACUAAUGUCGAUUCGUCCGGGUAUCAGCAACCCAGCCGAAUAGCUUACAUUGAGUUCUUUGUGAAGCCAGAGGUGGAAGAAGAUAAUAAUGAUUGA